AUGUUCCUCAGCCUCGUAAACUUGAAACUCAUAGAGAUGAUACCUGACCUCCUCGAAUUGCCUCAUAUUCAUCUCGACCCAGCGAUUCUAGUUGUCUACUACGGUAUUCUCCACCAUGGCAGCGUGCUAGGGUCAACGUCAAAGGAGACCGAUGAGGGUUCAAAGUACAUUCCAAUGCUAUAUUGCCGUACUGCAGCCGAAUCCUUCGAUGAGGAGCUGGCUUGGAGGAUGUACACAUACGCCUGCGAGUAUGCGCAAGCACUCAAUUUACACAACCUUGAUGCUCAUAACGCUGAGGCCGACUUUUCCACCCUUGACGAGGCCAAGCUCGAUGCGGAUAGAAAAGGCUUUUGGGAAUUAAUCCAAAUUGAUUUCUUCUUCAGGCUACUUUUCAAUCGGCCACCAGCCAUAACAGACAGCAUGAGCAAGUGGAGGACUAAUUUGCCUUGGUUGUCAGGAAGCACGCCAUUGGACCCCAACGGUGUGCCUACAGUGACAUUUAUUAUGGGAUCGAGACUCACCUUCAUUCUCUCGCAAUUUUACCAGCAACUGGAAAAGCCCAACUCUGACGAGGCCACCGUUCGAGUCAAAACAGAAGAAUACUGCCACGAGAUUGGCAGGCUUUUCGAAGAGUACCAGCUCGAAGAAUGGAUUGAACGGACUUUCCUGAUAGGCUCCAAAGCUGAUAGUUGGCUACUAGGCGAUGUCGCUAUGACGGGUUACACCUACGUUAUCUUCAUGCUGCGGAAGCUGGCCGUUUUAAGUUCCAACUCGCCACGACCGGUGUCCUGCGAUGCCGAUAUUCCUGAAUCCCCUCUAGCUGUCGAUGCUUCCAGAGGUUUACUCAAGAUUGUUUGCAUGACGAUAGCACAAAAUCCUUAUCCCGAAACAAUGUGUGUGCUUUUGGGCAUGUACCGUGUUUACGUCUCAUAUGCUUGCCUUCUCAACAGCAUUCUGCGGUCUCCAGAUGUGCAUGCUCACGCUGCAGAUAUCGGACUGCUGGAAAGGGUGAACGACGCCGUGAGAAAAGCGUCGCGGGACGAAAAGGACUUUAGACCCCUACUGAAAGCUGUGCAAAGCCUAAGUAUGGAGGUCAAAAGAAAACUGAAUGAUGCCUCGACAACCGAUGGCCUGACGCUAGAAACGGGCUUUAGAGCUGGUAUGGGGUAUUAA